ACAAUGGAGAACAAGUUUUGGUUGAUGUGGAAGAUAAAACCAACAAAGAGAUUACUGAGCACAUUAAGAAAAUCCUGGGGAAAAGCAAAGAAACACUUGAAAAAGAAGAGAGGGAAAAGAAAAAACUCUCACAUCCAGCAACAUUUGGGCCCAGAAAGUACCACCUGCGAGAAUGCAUGUGUGAAAUUGAAGGCCAGGUCCCCUGCCCUGCUUUUGUGCCACUGCCCAAAGAGAUGAGGGGAAAAUACAAAGCUGCACUGAAAAAUGAAGCGUCAGCCUGA